AUGCAAGCCUUUUUGGAAGAAAAUGAUGAGCAGGCUUCUACUAAUAUUGUCAACGAGAUUAUUGAGCACCUCAAACAGCUAAAAAAUUCUUUUGAGCAAUAUUUUCCUGCAGAUCGGGAAGUAUUGUUGAAAGACCAUGAAUGGGUACUGAAUCCAUUCUCAGUUUGUAUGAAACCUUCAAGCUUAUCUUCAAGUGAUUACGAAAGGUUGAUCGAUUUAACUUCUGACUUAACAUUAAAAUCUUCCUUCAACAGCAAUUCGUAUGCCGAAUUUUGGUUAAGUUUGAAAGACAAAAAUUAUGAAGGUUUAAGCGAGAAAGCGAAAACACUAUUUUUACCCUUUGCCAUUACUUACUUAUGCGAGUCAGGAUUUUCGUCAUACGCUGCAACUAAAACCAAAUACCGCAACCGCCUCAAUGUUGAACCUGACCUCCGACUCCAAUUAUCAAAAAUAAAACCUGACAUUGCACAACUGUGCCAAAAUAAGCAGGCACAUACAUCACAUUAA